ACCCGGGCGCCUAAAGGGCCACAGCGACGUCGUUUUCGGAGAAGCCGGCUUCCACGAAGCCUGCAUACGCUACGCCAAGCACGUCAUCUUUUGAGUGACGGCACUUAACGAGCCACAACCGGCCCAUUUUAGGUAUCAAAAUUAAGAAUAGUAAUAAAAAAAGAAAAAUAAUAAACCGCUUGUUUCGGUUUCUUCCUUGUCGCUUGCAGCAUCGAGAGAGAGACCGUGGGGCUUGCAAGCUCUUCAGGCAACGUGAGCUUUUAACGGGCACGGCCGCUCCGCGUGUGAAAAAACCUCCUCCCCUUCUAGCAAAUCCGACAUCUAGAAAUGCGUGCGUCUACUCGGCGUUUAUAAAGGGCCCGGCAUCAGGUGCUACUGCGACAAAACAGCGACAGCAACGCUCGGGGACAGCGAGCUUCCCCCGGUUUCCGCGUCGCGUCGCGACCGUCGCGCCUCGUUUUCUCGUUUUUAUACCGAAGUUUUUUUGUUCGUUUAGUUUAUUUCCGUGACUGCCUACCACCCCCUAUCUCUCUUUCCCCCGUUCCUUUAUCACCGCUGCGUCGUCGCGGACUGCUCACUUCUUUUAAACAUAAUACUCCAGCCGUACGCAUCGAGAAGAUUCUGAGUACGAGAGUGCAUUUCACCGCGUCGUCUGCUACCCAAGUGCGUCGUCUGCAAAACAGAGCAUCGUCUGCUAGUCAGAGACUGCCGGCCGCCAAGCCACCGUAGCCUUCUGCCCCGAGCCUCGACUCUACCUUCUGUUCGAACUCUUUCGCCAGCGCGCUAUUUAUUAUUGCUCUUAUUUAUUAACUUACAUACGCAAGAAUUCCACUCGCAGUGACGAGACCGAAGACGCAUUCUGCAAGCUCCUACGACGAGAAAAUGGCACAAACAAGAAUACAUCGCCACGACCACUCUUCCUCUUCAUCAUCAUCUUGCCAUGGAACCUUAUCGGAGUGCGUCUUCUGCUGCGUCUUUCUGACUGCCUUCUCAACAGCGGCUAUGUUGAACUCUCCGCCCGCCGGGAACGUGCUCAGCAGCCGUACCGGUCAGCAAUCAUCGCUGUCAGCAUGCCAGGACUGCGCUCUUCGGAAACUAAUCGAAGACCCCAACAGCGAAGAGUACCGUUACGCCAGGAUCGAGUUCAUCAAGCAACAGAUCCUCAAAAAGCUCCGGCUCAAAGAGCCACCCAACGUUCGAAUCCCGAGAUCCGUGCUGCCUUCGGUGCUCGCCGAUCGGGAGGUUCUGCUGUCCAAGGGUGUUGAUGAUGAUGAUGCAUUUGCGACGAACUCUCGGACCCGGGACGAUUUUUACGGAACUAUGCAGACUGCCGUGAUCUUUCCACAGAACGACACUCACCAGUGCAUGUCCAAGGGCCCGCACCCAGGGAACUGCUUCUCCUUCCGGCUAACGACCGAGAUCAGCAGCCGUAGUGUGACGCACGCCGAGCUGUGGGCCUUCAAGUCCUUCGACCCUACCCUGACCAACCACACCUUCGUGGUGUCCGAACUGUCCGUGGACCCCCACCAGAACCACCAGCACCUCCGCAAGCGAAUCAUCGCCUUCGAGACGGCACCCCACAAGUCUGGUUGGUUCCGCUUCAACCUCACCCAGCUGGUGACCCAGUGGGCCAUCCGCCGCAACCGACCCAGAGGACUCGAAAUCAGCUGCAAGACAUGUCCCUCAGGACAAGACGGCGGCUCCUCGCUCCUCGGCACGCAGGGGGACAAGCAGCCGUUCCUGGUGGUCCGGACGGAUCCGCGGGCAGCACCCAGUCGGACCAGACGCAGCGUCGACUGCAACGCUUCCGUCUCCCGCUGUUGCCGGGAGUCCUUCUACGUCUCGUUCCGGGAGAUUGGAUGGGAUGGCUGGAUCAUCCAGCCUGCGGGCUACUCGGCAAAUUUCUGCAAGGGCUCGUGCGUCCACGACAUCAGCGUCAACAAGUACCACCACACGACAGUGCUCCAGAGGUACCUGCAGAGCAGGCUUGUCAGCAACGAGACGCUGAACCUCAGCCUGUGCUGCACGCCGUCUCGGCUCUCGUCUAUCUCUCUGAUCUUUGUAGACCAGGACCAAGUGCUGAAGCAGAAGAGUCUGCCGAACAUGGUCGUCGAGGCGUGCGAGUGCGCGUGAGGACAUUCCCGUCUGGGUCUUCUCCCCAAUGCCCCAACGUCUGCUUGCUCGGGCAACCACUUCAGAGUACGCUUUCUUCCACGACGCCUUGCACCUUGGCGGGGGUAGCGUUUCUGCAAAAACUUGCGCGUCGUCGAGGCGACGGUUGGGAAAACUGUCUCGAUGGCCUGGCAGACGGCGAAUCAAGAGGUUGUUGAAGCGGACAGAGCGAAGUUGCGCGAAGUUCGACGCUGCCGUCGACUACCAGCAAGAUCUCGCGCAGCGCCAAGAUGGAAUCUCCGGCUUCCGAUGAACCUUCCGAGCCAGAGUGUGCCACGGCGUCUUUCUUCCGAGUGCUUGGUGUGUGAAAACAAUGAAUCUCUUAUUUAUGUAAGGUACAACUUAGAGCCUAUUUAUGUACAACGAGCGACUCUUUCUAUCCUCGCAAGUCAAAACUCCACGUCCUCUUAUUCCGGAGGAAAGGUUUGCUGCUCCGAGGGACCACAAGUCUUCCUUAUUUCUUCUUCGAAAUAAAAUUGAGACAAAACUUUUCAGUCCCCAGUCUGACAAA